AUGACAGCACCGGCGGUAGGGAUUGACUUGGGCACCACCUAUUCGUGCGUUGGAGUGUUCCUCAAUGGAAAGGUCGAGAUCAUUGCCAACGACCAAGGAAAUCGGACUACGCCGAGCUACGUCGCGUUUAACGACGCGGAGAGGUUAAUCGGCGAUGCAGCCAAGAACCAAGUAGCUAUGAACCCCACGAACACGAUCUUUGACGCGAAGAGGCUGAUUGGCAGACGUUAUGACGAUCCAUCAGUGCAAGCUGACAUGAAACAGUGGCCGUUCACCGUGGUUAACGACGGAGGAAAACCGAAAAUCCGAGUCCGAUACAAGGACGAGGCGAAGUCCUUCUUCCCGGAGGAGAUCUCGUCGAUGGUUCUGACGAAGAUGAAGGAAACGGCGGAAGCUUAUUUGGGGAAGUCCGUCACGAACGCGGUGAUUACGGUACCGGCGUACUUCAACGACUCCCAGCGGCAGGCGACCAAGGACGCCGGUACUAUCUCCGGCUUGAAUGUCCUGAGGAUCAUUAACGAGCCGACUGCCGCAGCUAUUGCUUACGGCCUCGACAAAAAGGGACGCGGUGAAAGGAACGUCCUGAUCUUCGAUCUCGGCGGCGGCACUUUCGACGUAUCGAUACUCACUAUCAACGACGGCAUAUUCGAGGUAAAAGCGACAGCCGGCGACACCCAUCUAGGUGGCGAAGACUUCGACAGUCGCAUGGUGAUACACUUGGCGCAAGAGUUCUCGAGGAAGUUCAAGAAGGACCUGACGACGAACAAACGAGCGAUCCGUCGAUUGAGAACAGCGUGCGAGCGUGCCAAGAGAACCCUGUCCUCGUCGACUCAGGCCAACAUCGAAAUCGAUUCCCUGCUCGAUGGCAUCGACUUUUACACGUCUAUCACGCGCGCCCGUUUCGAGGAGCUCAACCAAGAUCUCUUCAAGAGUACGUUACAGCCGGUCGAGGAAGCUUUGCGCGACGCCAAGAUGGACAAAUCACAGAUUCACGACAUCGUCCUCGUCGGUGGCUCCACCAGAAUCCCACGAAUCCAGAAGCUUCUUCAGGAUCUUUUCAACGGAAAGGACCUUAACAAAUCGAUAAACGCGGACGAAGCCGUGGCGUACGGGGCGGCCGUGCAGGCAGCCAUAUUGCAGGGCGACAAGUCCGAGACCGUACAGGAUCUACUAUUGCUGGACGUGACUCCGCUGUCCCUGGGGAUAGAGACCGCCGGAGGCGUGAUGACCGCCCUCAUCAAACGCAACACCACGAUCCCGACCAAGCAGACGCAAACUUUCACUACCUAUUCGGACAAUCAGCCGAGCGUUCUGAUCCAGGUUUACGAGGGGGAGAGAGCGAUGACCAAGGACAACAACCUUCUGGGAAAAUUCGAGCUUUCUGGGAUUCCGCCGGCGCAUCGAGGCAUACCGCAGAUCGAAGUGACCUUCGACGUCGACGCGAAUGGUAUCUUGAACGUGUCCGCCGUGGAGAAGUCGACGCACAAGGAGAACAAGAUAACGAUAACCAACGACAAGGGACGGCUCACCAAGGAGGACAUAGAACGAAUGGUGAACGAAGCGGAAAGAUACCACGCGGAGGACGAGUCGCAGAAGGAGAAGAUCACUGCGAAGAACAACUUGGAGUCGUACUGCUUCAACAUGAAGAAUACCAUCGAGGAUGGAAAAGUGAAGGAGAAGAUCGCGGAAGGAGACCGGAAACGUAUAGCUGACAAGUGCAACGAAAUUAUCAAGUGGCUCGAUACCAACAACUCCGCCACUAAGGAGCAGUUCGAGCAUAAACUGAGAGAUGCUGAAAAAGUUUGCAAACCCAUCAUUACGAAAUUUUAUAGCGCCGCAGGGCAAACGGACAGUUCCUCGAACGGUCCAACGAUAGAGGAAGUGGAGUGAAUGUGUACCCUCGGUCGAUAACACCACGUACCGCCGGUGCUUCGAUCUAAAAUUUUCGCGUGAAUUCAAAAUUUAUGGUCGCCACUCUAGAUUGAACAAACAAUUUCAUUUGUAGAUUCAGGAUAACUUAAUAUUUACAACUGGAAUAGUUUGCAUGGUUGUAUUAUAAAAUAAAUGGCUCACGUC